GAAAUUAUUGCUCAGUAGUGGAGUUUGUUUAGAUGGGAUAUGUGAUUUUAAUGUUUGAAAAGAGUGUUUCGAUAUUUUGUGGUACCUAACAGGUCUUAAAGGAUCAGUUCUCAAAUCCAGAUAAAAGGUUAACGGAGGCAUUUGAUUUGAGGCAUUUUGCUGAUGUGAGUCAAUCAACACAAUCAAAAUUAUAUGAAUUAAAAGCUAGUAAAAUGUUAUAAUUAAUGGCCAUGUAUAUAUUUUAAGUGCAGUUAAGAUUCAUCCUAAGAAGUCAUUAAAGGAAACAUCUCAUACAAUCAGAUCAUUAGUUAUAUAUCACUUUAAAUGUAAUCAUUUUCUCCCAAAGUUAUUGGCUGAUACACAACAGAAGUGAUCAGAUGUGAAAAUGGCUUUACGAACAUCAGGGCAUCUGCUGCUGGGGGUGGUGAGGAUCUACCACAGGAAGGCCAAGUACCUGCUGGCAGAUUGUAACGAGGCCUUCAUCAAGAUUAAGAUGGCCUUUCGACCAGGUGUGGUAGAUCUUCCAGAGGAGAACAGAGAAGCAGCUUAUAAUGCCAUCACACUACCUGAGGAGUUCCAUGAUUUUGACCAGCCGCUCCCAGAUUUAGAUGACAUUGACGUGGCUCAGCAGUUCAACUUGAAUCAGAGCAGAGUAGAAGAGAUCACCAUGAGGGAGGAGGUGGGCAACCUCAACCUGCUGCAGGACAAUGAUUUUGCUGACUUUGGGAUGGACGACCGGGAGAUGAUGCGAGAGGAGAGUGCGUUUGAGGUGGACAUCAUGGGAGCAUCAGCUUCCAACCUGCUGCUGGAGGCUGAAGGUGGAGCUAACCAGAUGGCCGACAAGUCCAACCACCUGGAGUAUGAUGACCAGUACAAGGACGACUUUGGAGACAAUCCCAUGGAGAGCAAUGAGGGAGGGAUGCUGGUAGACAAACUGCUGAGUAACGAAGAUGGAGGCGGCAUCUUUGAUGACCCUCCGGCCAUUACCGAGAGUGUGAUGAUGCCGCAGGACCAUGGAGAUGAUGAGGAUGACUUUGAUGCGCUCUCUGCGGGAGCCCCAGAUAGUCCUGACUCGGGCCCAACAGAGCCGGUACCAGCCAUGACUGACCAGGCAGAACAAACCACUCUCGCUCACAAUGAGGAAGAAACCUUCGCCCUGGAGCCUAUUGACAUCACAGUUAAGGAAACCAAAGCAAAGCGUAAGAGGAAGCUGAUUGUAGACAGUGUGAAAGAGCUGGAUAGUAAAACCAUCCGCGCACAGCUUUCUGACUACUCUGACAUUGUGACCACCCUGGAUCUGGCUCCCCCGACCAAGAAACUGAUGAUGUGGAAGGAGACCGGAGGAGUGGAGAAGCUUUUCUCUCUCCCAGCUCAGCCUCUCUGGAAUGCUAGGUUGCUAAAGAUGUUUACAAGGUGUCUGACUCCACUGGUGCCAGAUGAGCUGAGGAAGAGAAGGAAAGGUGGAGAGGCUGACAGUCUGGAUGAGUUCCUCAAAGAUCUGGAGAACCCAGAGGUGCCCAGAGAGGAAACUGCAACCCAGCAGCAAGGAGACAUCAUAGACCAGACCAUCAUGGAAGAAGCCAGCGUACUGCAGGCUUCAGCAGUUGAGGGAAGCAGGACAACGCUGGAUGAGUCAGUCAUGCCGCCUCCAUCCUCCCAAAAAGGCCUGAAGCGCAAGUCUCAGGACACAGAACCAGCCCUGCCUAUGGGAGCACUGGAUGAACAGCAGCAGGGGUCUAAAGCAUCUCAUGCAUCCCAACAGCUUGAGGCAUCUGCUGUGGAUUUGCCCCCAGAGGAGACCACCACCACCAACAUCAGCCAGCUGAUAGAGCUGGACCUGCUUGCUGACAAAGACAAGAAAAAGAGUGAUGAUGAUUCUGAUGAAGAGGAGGAGGAAGCACAAGGAGGAGACCAGGACCAGGAGGAGAGGAGGUGGAACAAGAGAACCCAGCAGAUGCUUCAUGGUUUACAGAGGGUGAUGGCCAAAACAGGCGCACAGUCAGUCAGCCUGCUGGAUCUGUGCAGGAACAACAACAGGAAGCAGGCAGCGGCCAAGUUCUACAGCUUCCUGGUUCUGAAGAAGCAGCAGGCAGUGGAGCUCGUCCAGGAGGAGCCUUACAGCGAUAUCAUAGCUACACCUGGACCUCGCUUCCACAUCAUCUAAGAAGUAUUCACCUCCGAAGGAAAAGAACUUGACAGCACUGUGUGCUAACUUUACAUAAGCCUUUUUUUUCUAUUUGAGAUUUAUUUCUGUCUGGUCUUUUUUUUAUUUAGUUAUUUAUUAGAUUGUGGUUCAUUUACGUUUCAGUAAAUGUUAAAC